AUGUCCCUUGCCGCCUAUCAUUGCGAGGGACUUACCAACAACAAUCACAUCAGUGAAAGACUCUUGGCCGACCAUGGGAUUGUGAUGAAAGCUACUACUGUCAAGAGGCAUCGGAAUGAGCUAGGACUGAAAGGCAGCAGGGCCACUAUAAAGACCAUGUCAGAUUUUCAAGUGAACCAGCUAGUUGCCAACGAGCUUGACAAGGACCCAUCUAGCCAUGCAGGACCUGCAACAAUCAAGGCACGUUUGUCUUACAACGAAGCUAUUCAUAUCCCGUGUGAUCACAUAAAAGCAUCUAUGUAUCAACUUGCACCAGAAGGCUUCACGCACAGAGACCUGAACUCGAAGAUGAUACCUUGUGUACCCAUAGUGCCUUUGGGAAUCAACGAGCGUUGGUCUUGGGACAGACAUGAUAAACUGAACAAAAUAGGUUUCCAGUCUACGCUGUCGUCGACUUUGCAACAGGAAAGUGGCUUGAUGCUUGGGUUGUUCCUAGUAAUAGAAUGGGAAAUACAAUUGGCUACCUAUUUCUCUGCUGUGUUGAACACUACAAAGAAUACUACAGAUUGUGGAUCUGAGACUACCAUAAUGUAUGGUCUGGUCAACGCACUUCGGGAGAUUUUCUUUCCAGAGAUCGUCAACGACCUACUUCCUGCUCAUGUAUUCCUUCGAAGCAUACAUAACAUCGUCAUUGAGCGCUCAUGGCUUUGGCUCCUGAUGGACUUUGGCAACAACAUAGUCAUCUGGUUCCAAGAUGGAGAGACUAGUGGACGGUACAAUCCAAACAACAUGGGUCAUAAUGAGCUUAGCGCCUGGCUAUGGUCCAAGUUCAUCAAAGCUGAACUGGCCAAACACAUAGCUAUAUGCAAUGGCAUGUGA